AUGGGUAUUUUCAGUCUUCUAAUCGGUUUUUUUGCUCUCGGACUGAGUGCACCUACUCUCACUCCAAUCAUAGGCUCUACUGUACCCGUGCUUGCAGGAGGAGCCUCAAGUAUGCUUGCCACCGGAGUUAGUGGAGCCAUGCUGAGUAUUAGUCCGAAACCUAUCACUGUUACGAUUACUAAUGUCUAUACACACAGAGACUCGACUUUUACCACAGCGUCUGACCUUGGCUUUUUUAUGUCAAAUAUGGUGGUUCAAAUCGCAAAAUCAUUCACCGAGAGCAAUAACGAGCUGAUGCCCGGUCAUGGCUUCGGAACUGGUGAUAUCCGUGAUAUACUGAAGGGUGGAGCGUGGCUUGACUAUACGGGAUUAGACAAGAACAAAGCUGUUGAUGUAUUUCUUGCGCUCCUAGAGUCGAUGAUGAUCAACGCUCUAUGGCGUUCGCAGCGUGUGUUCAUUAUCGGUGGUGGCGACUGCCAUGACGGCCAGGAUGUCGGCCGUGGUACCAACGACGGCGAUAAUGUUUUCUGUGAUGACGAAAAUCGUGCUUGGUACCUAUACUACUGGCAGCGGGAUCCAAUGGCGAUGGGCAAGAAUAGCAGAUGGAUUUCUCGGCCCUGGGGAUCCGAUCGUAUGGGCAAAUCCCCGAUACUCAAGGCGGACGGCGCCGACGACAAAGAGAAAUUCUGGCCUGAAAUUGAACCAACGGGCGUCAUUAAAUCCUCCCUCAAGUCCUUUAGGGCCGCUGGCUACAACUACGAUGCGUCGACCUUGAGCAAACGCAUGGGCGAGGUAUUCGUUUCCGGCCCUAAUACCUAUACGGAUGGUCUCAGCAUGGAAGGCCUCUGGACCAUCCCUGUGUGUGAUAUCAGCAAGACUGUCAACAAUCCCGACUACAUAUAUUCUAUGAAGGGGGAUAUCCUCCACCCGUACGGGUACAACGAACUUCCACACUGGUGUGGACCAAUUUGUGGAAUGGACAAGAACACGACGAUAGAAUUCUACAAAGCGGCCAACUUCAAAGAUGAUUUUGCUACCCCAUUCCUGCAGGAUUGUUCGAUCUACAGAGGAGAUACACCACAAACCGGUAAUGCGUGGGUCUGGACUACGAACGAAGAAUAUAUCUAUCCGCGUCAGAUUGGAGAUGACCAAAUCUGA